CCCGCGGGGCGGUCGUGGCCGUGACGGCGGCUCCAGGUCCGGCUCCCCCUUCCGUACCCCUCCCGCCGGAGAUGAGGGGAAGAUGUCCGUGUCAGGGCUCAAAGCCGAGCUGAAGUUCCUGGCGUCCAUCUUCGACAAGAACCACGAGCGGUUCCGCAUCGUCAGCUGGAAGCUGGACGAGCUGCACUGCCAGUUUCUGGUGUCGUCGUCGCCGCCGCCGCCGCCGCCGCCGCCGGCGUCGUCACCGGCCAGUCCGCUUUCGCCGUCGCCGCCGCCGCCGUCGUCGCCGCUCACACUCCACUGCAACAUCACGGAAUCUUACCCAUCUUCUUCACCGAUAUGGUUUGUGGACUCUGAUGACCCAAAUCUGACGUCAGUUCUGGAACGUCUAGAAGAUACUAAGAACAACAACUCGCUUCGUCAGCAAUUGAAGUGGUUGAUAUGUGAACUCUGCAGAUUAUAUAACCUUCCUAAGCACCUGGAUGUUGAGAUGCUAGAUCAACCACUACCCACGGGUCAGAAUUGGACAACAGAAGAAGUGACUUCAGAAGAGGAGGAAGAAGAGGAGAUGGCUGAAGAUAUAGAAGACUUGGAUCACUAUGAGAUGAAAGAAGAAGAGCCUAUCAAUGGGAAAAAGUCAGAGGAUGAAGGAAUUGAAAAAGAAAAUUUAGCAAUAUUGGAGAAAAUUAGGAAGACUCAAAGGCAAGACCAUUUAAAUGGUGCAGUGUCUGGGUCAGUGCAGGCUUCGGAUAGACUUAUGAAAGAGCUCAGGGACAUAUACAGAUCACAGAGUUAUAAAACAGGGAUUUAUUCAGUGGAACUCAUAAAUGACAGCUUAUAUGACUGGCAUGUUAAACUACAGAAGGUUGACCCUGAUAGUCCUUUACACAGUGAUCUUCAGAUCUUAAAAGAAAAAGAAGGCAUAGAAUAUAUUUUACUUAACUUCUCUUUUAAGGAUAAUUUUCCAUUUGAUCCUCCAUUUGUUCGAGUUGUGUUACCUGUUCUCUCAGGAGGGUAUGUUUUGGGUGGAGGAGCAUUAUGUAUGGAACUGCUCACAAAACAGGGCUGGAGCAGUGCCUACUCAAUAGAAUCGGUCAUCAUGCAAAUAAAUGCCACCUUAGUCAAAGGAAAAGCCAGAGUACAGUUUGGAGCAAAUAAGAAUCAAUAUAAUCUAGCACGGGCCCAACAGUCCUAUAAUUCCAUUGUACAGAUACAUGAGAAAAAUGGUUGGUACACUCCUCCAAAGGAAGAUGGCUAAAUAUGUUGACUGUCAUAUAUCUGGACCAAUGUUGCUUUAAAGAAAAUCUUUCCAACAGCAGACACAAGCUUUGAGUGCCCCUUAUAACCAGCAGUACCGAAGACGUUAGCUAAUAGAUAAUUUAGUGGAUAAUCUGUCAACUGACAUCCAGACCAAGUUACAGCCUUUUCAUUUUGCUCACGUUAGGUAUCUUGGACUGAGCAGUGGGGCCUUUACUGUAUUUUUCCCGACAAAUACACAUACUGGCCACUCUUUAUCACCUCUUUCUUGAAAAGUGAAAUCUUGUAAGCAGGAAAGUCAGCAUCUCUUUAUGGCAGUUGUGACUUUACAGUAACUUUCUUAUAUUGAGCCCAUGGAUAUGAGGAUUUGCAAAAAUUGUUCAUUUAGAGCCAAUAAAAAUUUAACUGAUGUUCACUAUUGGUUUAGAAAUUUUAGGUCUUCUAAACCACAGCCUUUUCAGAUCUAAAACCAUUUUAUUGCCAAAAUAAUGACAGGAAACCGACUCAUUAAAUUGUUACACUUUUUUAUGGCUAUACGGAGGUUUGAACUGUUUCCCAAAGAUAUGCACUUAAUUGAGUUGUAUUGUACUUUGUAGGCAAAGCAAAGCAAUGCCACUUACAGCUUGUGGGUAAUUUCCACCGGGGCAAUGGAGUCUGGCCGGGCUGAAUCUACUUUUUGUUGGUUCAGUAUUUCCUAUGAAGAAGAGCUACAGUGUUGAGCUUGAAGUUAUUUAAAAUAACUAAGUCGAUUUACCUUUCCAUUGUUAACGGGGUGUUGCAAUUGUUUGUAAACUAAUAAACUUAUAAAGUGAUUGGCAUGCAGACAGAUUCCUUGAGCAAAAGCUACAUAUUAAGUACAAAAAGAUCCCUAGUUGGGUACCCCUACAUUUUUUUUUUUUUUUUUAGCUGUAAUCACAGUGGCUUUUACAUCAAAGACUAAUAGGAACUACAUAUAUUUAAUUAUUUUAUACAACCUGAUACAAAUCAAUGUACCUUCCAUUUUAUUGCCUAUCUGAAUCAGACCUCUUUGGUUGGUAAUAGACUUUUUAUGAACCCAAGUUUGAUUUUAAAAUCUAAUUAGUAAGCACUUUUAAAAAGAAGCCCAGAAGAACAUUUUUCUGCACAAACCAUUUACAAGGUUCAGAGGUGUUUCUUACACAUUUGUUUUAAGAUUCUUUUUACCUUUGUAAACCACAUCCAAGAGACUUGGCACUUUUGCAUUACUGUGUAUUGAGUUUCCUUUGAUUCUGUUUUGGUAAAGAGGACGGAAGAAUUUUCUGGCAAUCUUGCUCACUUGGUUACAUUUACAAAAGUUUUGAUUGCCAGUUGCCACUUAACAAGUGGCAAGGCAGCUUUCUUUAAAGCAUUAAAGUUCCUUAAGCUAAGGUGAAAUCUUGAAUACAUUAUUGAAUUCUUCCAUACCCUAAUGGCUAGCAGAUUGACAGCUGCACAUUUGGCAUUCUUUGUUUUUUCUUUUUUGGAUUUUAGUUUUCAUUGCAGAUUUAUUUGGCAAUGUACAGUCAAUUUUGUAAACUUGCAUCAAGUUUAUGAAUAAAGAACCAUUUAAAAAUUA